AAAUUUGAGUUUUACAUAAAGUGAAAAUGUCAGCAACUAUAAGCAAAGAUGAAUUGAACAAGUCUCUAAGCCGACGAUCGACGAGUAGGAGCAGGAGAAUGAGUUUUGGAUCAACAAGUGUAAGAAGCUGGACUUCAGCAAGUGUUACAGAAGUUUUAACUGCACCAGGAGGUGAUGUUUUCCAGCGAAAUGGGAGGGAAAACGACGAUGAAGACGAGCUAAAAUGGGCUGCAAUCGAGAGACUUCCAACAUAUGAUAGGCUGAGGAAAGGGAUUUUGAAACAAACAUUGGAUGAUGGAAAGAUUGUUCAUCAAGAAGUUGAUGUAACGAAUCUUGGAUUGCAAGAUAAAAAGCAGUUGAUGGAAACUAUACUUAGGAUUGUGGAAGAAGAUAAUGAGAGGUUUCUUCUUAGGCUAAGAGAUAGGACUGAUAGGGUUGGGAUUGAUAUUCCAAAAAUUGAAGUUCGGUACGAGCAUCUUUCCAUCGAAGGAGAUACAUAUGAUGGAUCUAGAGCAUUACCUACUCUGUGGAAUGCUACCAUCAACUUUGUAGAGGGGGCUCUUGAAAAAAUCAAGCUUGUCCCUUCGAAGAAAAGGGCCGUCAAGAUACUUCGUGAUGUAAGUGGAAUUGUAAAACCAUCAAGGAUGAUACUACUUCUUGGGCCUCCGGGAGGUGGGAAAACUACAUUGCUAAAAUCACUUGCUGGAGUGCCAGACAAGGAUCUGAGAGUUGCCGGAAAAAUCAGUUAUUGUGGUCAUGAGCUCUCAGAUUUUAUUCCUCAAAGGACUUGUGCUUAUAUCAGUCAGCAUGACCUUCAUCAUGGAGAGAUGACAGUCAGAGAGACGUUGGAUUUUGCCGGACGUAGUUUAGGAGUUGGAACAAGAUAUGAUCUCCUCACAGAGCUGUCAAGGCGCGAAAAGGAAUUGGGAAUCAAACCAGAUCCCGAGAUAGAUGCAUUUAUGAAAGCUAUAGCAGUUGCAGGCCAAGAAUCAAGUCUGGUCACAGACUAUGUUCUUAAGAUUCUUGGGCUGGAUAUAUGUGCUGAUAUAAUGGUAGGUGAUCAGAUGAGAAGAGGUAUAUCAGGUGGACAGAAGAAGCGGCUGACGACAGGAGAAAUGUUGGUUGGUCCUGCUAAAGUUUUCUUUAUGGAUGAAAUCUCAACGGGCCUCGACAGUUCUACAACAUUUCAAAUUGUCAAAUACAUGAGACAAAUGGUCCAUAUAAUGGAUGUAACUAUGAUAAUAUCCCUUCUUCAACCUGCACCUGAAACUUUUCAACUUUUCGAUGACAUUAUUUUGCUCUCGGAGGGACGCAUAGUCUACCAAGGUCCACGUGAGAACGUGCUUGAGUUUUUCGAGAGUGUUGGAUUUAAAUGUCCAGAAAGGAAAGGAAUUGCUGACUUUCUCCAAGAGGUUACUUCUCUAAAGGACCAAGAACAAUAUUGGUUCAGGGAAAACCAACCUUACAGAUUCAUUACAGUGGCUGAAUUCGCAGAACAUUUUAGCAAUUUUCGUGUUGGACGUGACCUUCUCGAUGAACUAGAAGCUGCUUAUGACAAAAGCAAAGCCCAUCCUGCUGCACUUGUCACAGAAAAAUAUGGUAUCUCCAACAUGGAACUCUUCAAGGCAUGUUUAUCAAGGGAAUGGCUAUUAAUAAAGCGAAAUUCGUUCUUAUACAUGUUCAAGACAUUCCAGAUUACUGUCAUGUCAAUAAUAACCUUUACGGUAUUCUUUAGGACAGAAAUGAAAGUUGGACAGAUUGCAGACGGAGGCAAAUUUUACGGGGCAUUGUUUUUCAGCCUAAUCAAUGUGAUGUUUAACGGUGCAGGAGAGCUUGCACUGAUCAUUUUCAGACUUCCCGUAUUCUUUAAACAAAGAGAUUCUCUAUUUUAUCCUGCCUGGGCUUUUGCUCUCCCCAUUUGGCUUUUAAGAAUCCCCCUCUCCUUCAUGGAAUCAUUGAUAUGGGUUGUCCUUACUUAUUAUACCAUCGGUUUUGCUCCUGCUGCAAGUAGGUUUUUCCGUCAAUUCUUGGUAUUUUUCGCUCUGCACCAGAUGGCGUUGUCUCUCUUCCGCUUCAUUGCUGCAAUUGGAAGGACUCUAGUAGUUGCAAGCACUAUUGGCACUUUCAGUCUACUGAUAGUCUUUGUGCUUGGUGGUUUCAUUGUCGCAAAAGAUGACCUCGAACUAUGGAUAAAAUGGGGCUACUAUGCAUCUCCAAUGUCAUAUGCACAGAAUGCAAUAGCUAUCAAUGAGUUUCUGGACACAAGAUGGAGUACUCAUAACAAUGACACUAGUUUCUCCGAGGAAACGGUGGGAAAGGUUCUUCUUAAGUCAAGGAGCAUGUAUUCAGAUGAUUAUAUGUUCUGGAUAUGUAUCAUUGCCCUAUUUGCCUUCUCAUUUCUCUUCAACUUAUGCUUCAUCUUGGCGCUGACUUACUUAAACCCAUUUGCUGAUUCUACAUCUGUUAGUAUGGAUGACGACAAAAGUAAGAAAAAUGAGCAAAGAAACCGUAGCCCCAAAGAAUCAACAGAGAAGAGUUCAGCAUCUACCACCACAACAUUUGAAGGUAUAGAUAUGGCUGUGAGGAACAACUCGAGUAUUGACAAAAGAGCAUCCAAAAAAAGAGGAAUGGUGCUUCCUUUCCAGCCAUUGUCACUUGCAUUUAACCAUGUCAAUUACUAUGUCGAUAUGCCAGAAGAAAUGAAAUCCCAAGGAAUUGAAGAGACUCGUCUCCAAUUGUUACGAGAUGUUAGUGGCGCUUUCAGACCUGGAGUCCUUACAGCCUUAGUUGGUGUAAGUGGAGCUGGGAAGACUACUUUGAUGGAUGUCUUAGCAGGAAGAAAAACUGGUGGCUACACUGACGGAAGUAUCAUCAUUUCUGGUUAUCUGAAAAACCAAUCAACUUUUGCUCGGAUAAGUGGUUAUUGUGAACAGAAUGACAUUCAUUCUCCACAUGUUACUGUUUAUGAGUCAUUGAUAUAUUCAGCGUGGUUGCGUCUCUCCCCGGAUGUCAAAAAGGAAACUAGGAAGAAUUUUGUCGAGGAAGUAAUGGAACUAGUCGAGUUGAAUCCUCUCCGGAAUUGUCUAGUUGGCCUGCCAGGGGUAGAUGGUCUCUCAACUGAACAAAGAAAAAGACUGACCAUAGCUGUUGAACUGGUAGCAAAUCCAUCUAUUAUUUUCAUGGAUGAACCUACAUCAGGACUUGAUGCUAGAGCAGCGGCAAUUGUUAUGCGAACUGUGAGAAAUACAGUAGAUACAGGCCGAACUGUCGUGUGCACUAUCCACCAGCCAAGCAUAGAUAUCUUUGAAGCUUUUGAUGAGCUGUUGUUAAUGAAAAGAGGAGGACAAGUCAUUUAUGCAGGGCCUCUUGGGCAUCAUUCUCGCCUAUUGAUCGAAUAUUUUCAGUCUGUUCCGGGGGUUCCUACAAUCAAAGAAGGAUAUAAUCCAGCUACUUGGAUGUUGGAUAUCACAACUCCAGCAGUUGAGGGUCAACUAAAUGUGGACUUUGGAGACAUUUACACGAACUCGGAUCUAUAUAGGAGGAAUCAAGAACUAAUCAAACAACUAAGUGUUCCAGUACCAGGGUCCCAAGACCUUCGUUUUCCUACGAAAUAUUCACAACCGUUUGUUGAUCAGUGCAAGGCUUGCUUUUGGAAACAACACUUAUCCUAUUGGAGGCAUCCGCAAUAUAAUGCCGUAAGGUUUUUCAUGACAGCAAUUAUAGGGAUCAUAUUUGGAAUUAUCUUCUGGGAUAAAGGGAACAAAAUGUACAAACUGCAAGACCUAUUGAAUCUACUUGGAGCUAUGUAUGCUGCUGUUAUGUUCCUUGGCGGAACAAACACUUCAACUGUGCAGUCAGUUGUGGCGGUAGAAAGAACAGUCUUUUAUCGAGAAAGAGGAGCAGGGAUGUAUUCUGCGCUGCCUUAUGCAUUCGCUCAGGUGGCCAUAGAGACUAUCUACAUCGCGAUCCAGACUGUUAUUUACAGCCUCCUUCUGUACUCAAUGAUCGGUUUUCACUGGACAGCUGCUAAAUUCUUUUGGUUCUAUUUCUUCAUUUUCAUGUGCUUCGUUUACUUCACAAUGUAUGGAAUGAUGCUUGUAGCACUCACUCCAAACUACCAGAUUGCUGCCAUCGUCAUGACAUUCUUCCUCAGCUUUUGGAACUUGUUCUCUGGUUUUCUUAUCCCUAGACUGCAAAUUCCGAUAUGGUGGAGGUGGUAUUACUGGGGUUCUCCAGUAGCAUGGACGAUAUACGGUCUUGUAACAUCUCUUGUAGGUGACAAGAAUGAUAACGUUGAGGUACCAGGCGUUGGCGAAAUACCAUUAAAGCUAUUUUUAAAAGAUUAUUUGGGAUUUGAGUAUGACUUCUUGGGAGUUGUUGCUGUUGCUCAUGUUGCUUGGGCUGUUCUGUUCUCCUUUGUUUUUGCUUAUGGCAUAAAGUUCUUGAAUUUCCAAAGGAGAUAAAUUAACUUGAAGACAAUACAUAGUUUUGUGU